AUGUAAGAUCAAUAAAAGAUUGUCAUACUUGCCAAUCAACUUGAAGAACUCAGGAAGUUAAAUAAGGAUUAGAAGGAAUUGAUAUUUCAGUAUGAAGAAUAGAAUGGAGCUGCUGAAAAGAAGAUCAAUGCUUUAAAUUAAAUACAUCAGGAUAAGGUUCGUAAUCUAAUGAAUUCGAUCACCCUCUUGAAAAAGGAGAAUGCACAAUUGAAAAACAUGAAUAAGGAACACAAACGAUCACAAUUAAUUGAGUAACUGAAUCAAGAAAUUGCAGAUUAAGAUCUAGUUAUUUAAACAUUGCGUUCCAUAGUCAACAACGAUUAAAGAUGUGAUAAUCAAAUUAUCGAGGCAUUGAACAAAGGACCUCCAAAGAUCAAGGCUCUAACUAGGGAAGAAUUGAAAAUUGAAAACAAGAGGUUAGAUAAUUAAUUGAGAGCCCUGAAAGAACAGAUGAACAAGAAAUAACAAGAGUUGAUGCAAUCUGAGCAAAGUGAAAAUGCCAGCACAUUCUCUAUGGAUGCUCAAUUUGAAGUACACACCAAGAAAAUAGCUCAAUUAACUGAAGAUAACUCCAAUUUCAAAGCUGAAAUUGCUGCUUUAUAAGAUAAGAAUUUCAAAUUGGAAGAAACAUUAGAUGAAAAAAGUAGAUAGAUUACAGUCUUGAAUGAAUAAAAGGGCUAAUUAGUUAUACUAACCAAAAAAUAUGAAUAACUUCAAAAAUUGAUGGAAGAUUACAAAAGAAGAGAAAAUCAAUAGGAAUUCCAUGAUAUCACAAAAGAAGUUGAUAUUGAAGAAUAGAAGAUGCUUAAUAAGGUUUAGGAGACCAAAUUAGAAAGUGUGGAAAAACAAUUGAGAGCAGAGGUUGAUAUAAUAAAAUUAGAAAAACAAGGAGUGUAAAGAGACUUAGAAAAUAAAUCUACUGAAUUAGGAAAAGCCAUUAAGAAGAACUAAUAAUUAGAGAAGAGAUUAAUGGAAUAAGAAAAGGAAUUGAAUGCUAAAUCAAAAGAAUUGCGAGAGAGAAUAGAGGAAUUUACUAAAAAAGAGGCUGAUUAUUUGACUUAACUUAGUUAAUUGAAAUAAUCAUUAGCUUAAAAGGAAAAUGAAAUUUCAUAAAACCUAUUAGAUUAGGGAUAGUUGAAAGCCACAAUCACUAAAUUAGAGCAAGACAUAGAAUAAUUGUAGGCUAAAUUAUAAAGAGCAGGAGCAUAUAAGUAGGUCGAUGACAUCUCUUAUGAUGUAAAGAUUAACAAGGAAAUCUAAAAUAAAUUAAAGCAAUAAACUAUUUCUGAUGAUCCAAAAGUAUUAAAACAAGCUCUAAAAUAAUAAUAACAAUACUAUGAGCAAGUUAUUGCAGUUUUGUAAUAAAGAGUGUUGUAAUAGAAAUAAGAUAACCUAUCUGACGAAGAUAAUUAAGAAAUAGAUAUGUUAAGUUCAGACAUUUCUUAAUUUGAAAAUAAGUAAUAGGACUAUGAUGUGGAUUCUAAUAUUGAAGAUCAAAAUAUACCUUCUGAUAUUCAUUCUUCUGUUACAUCAAUUUUAAAUGCGCCAAAACCAAGCAAAAAAUAAAUUGACUCUAACUUUUCAAGGUUUGAAUCUAUGAAAUCCUCUGACAUUGAUAAGAUAUCAUCUAAUCUAUCAGACUAAUAAAAUGCUUCACUAUCCAAAGUUAGUUCUAAUUUGUCAAAAAUAUCCUUUACUUCAUCUAUGCAGAGAGCCGUAAAAAGAUAUUGA